AGUACUAGUACCUCGAAACUUUCGCUCUUCUGUUAUAGAGACAAUGUUAUAUCGUCUCCUGUAUCACCGAUAGCACCCGUUGGAAGUGUCCUUCAUAGGCACAGCAGUAAGACUUCACAAUGAACGUCGCAAGAUCCUCGCUCGCGCGGCGGGCAAACGCACCUCGCUCCAUAUCGAUACCUUUGUGUCGUCGAACACCAUCGGCUUUAAUGUCUCCCAGCCUCAGAUCCUCCUUACCCACACGCUCCGUCAUCCCAACAACCAGCCAUCCAACGCUUUCCUUCGUCAGAACAUACGCAAAUGGACGACCUCAUCCGCCCGGCGGCACCCACCGUAUGAACAUGAGCGGCGAGCCAGAAAAACCUGCCUUGGAGGAGUAUGGUGUUGAUCUCACAGCCCGCGCCAAAGAAGGAAAGCUUGAUCCGGUCAUUGGAAGAGACGGAGAGAUUCACCGCACAAUUCAAAUUCUUUCGAGGCGGACGAAGAACAAUCCGGUCUUGAUUGGUGCCGCGGGCACAGGCAAGACAGCCAUCCUCGAGGGCCUGGCUCAGCGAAUAGUCAGAGGCGACGUACCAGAGAGCAUCAAGAACAAGAGAGUCAUUUCCCUGGAUUUGGGCCAGUUGAUCGCAGGCGCCAAGUUCAGAGGUGAUUUUGAAGAACGACUGAAAAAGGUGCUGAAAGAGGUGGAAGAAGCUCAAGGAGGCGUCAUUCUGUUCGUCGAUGAGCUGCAUACUCUUUUGGGCUUGGGGAAAGCAGAAGGUUCCAUCGACGCGAGCAAUCUGUUGAAGCCUGCUUUAUCCCGCGGCGAACUGCAGUGUUGUGGUGCCACAACUUUGAAUGAGUACCGUCAAAUUGAAAAGGAUGUGGCGCUCGCACGACGUUUCCAGCCUAUAUUGGUCGGUGAACCGUCAGUACAGGACACCAUAUCUAUCCUGCGAGGUAUCAAGGACAGGUACGAAGUGCAUCAUGGUGUUCGUAUCACGGACGGUGCCCUCGUCGCUGCCGCAACAUACAGCAACAGAUACAUCACUGAUCGUUUCCUUCCGGACAAGGCCAUCGACUUGGUCGACGAAGCUGCGUCGGCUUUACGUUUACAACAAGAGUCGAAGCCAGAUUCUAUCCAGAAACUUGACAGAGAAAUCAUGACGAUACAAAUAGAGCUCGAGUCCUUACGUAAGGAGACCGAUGUUGCUUCCAAGGAGCGACGACAGAAAUUGGAAGAUACACUGGUGGAAAAGAGAAAAGAGGUCUACCGCCUGACCGAGAUUUGGGAUCGCGAAAAGGCAGAGAUCGAAACUAUCAAGAAGACCAAGGAAGACCUGGAAAAGGCUCGUUAUGACUUGGAGCAAGCCCGGCGAGAAGGUAAUUUCGCCAGAGCCGGUGAACUCCAGUACGCCACCAUUCCCAAGCUCGAAGACCAAUUGCCUAAGGAAGGUGAGGAAGUGAAAACGACGACCAAGGACGGAGAGACGUUGAUCCACGACUCUGUGACUGCCGACGAUAUCGCCAACGUGGUCAGUCGCACGACGGGUAUCCCAGUGACCAAGCUCAUGUCAGGAGAAGUCGAGAAGCUCGUCAAGAUGGAGGACAAGCUCCGAGAACAUGUCCGGGGUCAGGAUGAGGCUCUGACUGCGGUUGCCAAUGCCGUCAGGAUGCAGCGUGCCGGUCUGAACAACGAGAACCGGCCGCUCGCGAGUUUCAUGUUUCUCGGUCCCACCGGUGUAGGCAAGACGGAACUGUGCAAACAGAUUGCCAAUUUCCUCUUCAGCACAGAAAGUGCGGUGGUCCGAUUUGACAUGUCAGAGUUCCAGGAGAAGCACACUGUCUCCCGCCUUAUCGGUGCGACGGCAGGCUAUGUCGGUUACGAAGACGCAGGUCAAUUGACCGAGGCCGUCCGACGGAAACCUUAUGCUGUCCUGCUCUUUGAUGAGUUCGAAAAGGCGCACCGGGACAUUUCAAGCUUGCUUCUGCAGGUUCUAGACGAAGGUUUCUUGACUGAUGCGCAAGGCCACAAGGUUGACUUCCGGAAUACUCUGAUCGUCUUGACCAGCAACCUCGGCGCCGAGAUCCUGAUGGGUUCGGGUGCGAAUGUCGAGAACGUCACUCCCGAACAGAAGAAGGGCGUCAUGGAGGUCGUUCAGGCAAGCUAUCCUCCAGAAUUCCUCAAUCGUAUCGACGAGUUCAUCAUCUUUAACAAGCUGUCCAAAUCGGCGUUGAGGGACAUUGUCGAUAUUCGCAUCAAGGAGCUCCAGACCAGACUUGACGAUCGCAGAAUUCGCCUCGACAUCUCGAAUUCGGUCAAGGAUUGGCUUUGCGAGAAGGGGUACGACCCUCGAUAUGGCGCUCGUCCUCUGAACAGGCUGAUACAGCACGAGAUUGGACGCAGGUUGGCCGACAGGAUCAUUCGCGGCGAACUGAAGACCGGCGAACUGGUAAAGGUCGUCAUCUCGAAGGAUGGAAGUACAUUGGAAUUGGAACCUGCGAAGACUUCUUGAGAGGAGACCACCACGUCACCAAUGCGACCGCGAUACGUCUCGGCAAAGCGCGCGAGCCUUACCAAAUUUUGAUAUGCAGGCGUCUUUCAAGGCAGAAUUCUGCGGCCUCUUCAUUGUGCGGCAGCCAUAGAGAUCAACCUCUGUGCUAUUUCGUUUACUGCCACCAAGCUUAUCGACCGGGACCUCAAAGGGAUCCUAUGUAUAUCACCCAAACAUCAAGCCCAAUGGGAGAGACGCUGUGAAAUGCUCUAUCUUCCUCUUGGAACAUUCUGUCAACGUAUAUACACGAUUGCAUGAACAACUCUUGACGGACGCUGCAUGACUUGGAGUUUUUUUGGUUUGGCAUUUUGGGCAUUGCCAUGCACGGAAUGAGGAUUAAUUGAUUGAUACCCCUCCCAGCUCUCGACUCCAUUUUGUAAAUACUGUACAAUGAAUAUAACAAAUGUCAUUUUCACAA